AUGCGCGUUCUAAAAUUCACACUCGCGAUAUGCACAGUCGCUGGAUUCUGGCAACCGCCAUCAUGUACAUCGCUGCUCAAACUUAUCAUUUAUAUAAGUUACGCGAUAUUUCUGAACUCCUCGUUACUUGUGUUCGCGAUGUCUCAAUUUAUGAACAUCCUACUGAACGUCGAUAACUCCGACGAGCUCACCGAUUCUUUAUACAUGAUGUUGACCGUGUUCGUCGCUGGCUAUAAACAAAUUUGUAUGUGGAUAGAUCAUAAAAAUAUCACGGUAAUGAUCAAUAUUCUCACUGAAAAACCUUUUACACCGUAUGAAUCGCAUGAAAUAAUGAUACGGCAGAAAUUCGACAAAAUGAUACGGAACAACACGAUGCGCUAUUUGAUUCUCGUGAUGGUGACGGUCAUAGCGAUAUUUUUGUCGUCUGUGUUAAUGGAUUUUACGAAAGGGAAUUUGACUUACACAGCGUGGGUGCCGUUCGAUUAUUCAGGCUCUGCUGCGUUCACUUUCGUGUUCGCUCACCAAAUGACAGGCAUGGCAGCCUCCGGUUUGGUGAAUGUUGCUUGCGAGAGUCUAGUUUGCGGCUUCUUGCUGCAGAUGUGCUGCCAGCUCGAAAUCUUGGAGCAUCGGCUGACGAAAAUCACGCAGGGUCAGGACGUACUGCGCGAUUGCAUACAUCAUCACAAUCUCAUAUUUGAAUACGCGAACGCUUUGAAUAAAAUGUUUACGAAAAUAAUUGCCGUUCAAUUCGCGGUGAGCAUGUUAGUGGUGUGUUCGAAUUUGUAUCGAAUAGCGAUGGCCGAGAAUUACGGGAGCUUUAUUCCACUGAUGUGUUACACCGGCUGCAUGCUGGCGCAAAUUUUCAUUUACUGCUGGUUUGGAAACGAAGUUAAGUUAAAAAGUGUUCGCUUAAUGAAUAAUAUUUAUGAGAUGGAAUGGCUAAUGCUUAACAAUGACAACAAACGAUCCUUACUGAUUAUUAUGAAACGUGCAAUGGUUCCCAUUGAAUUUAAUAGCGCAUAUAUAAUUACGAUGAAUCUUGAUUCGUUCGUGGCAGUGCUUAAGCUGUCGUAUUCAACUUUCAAUUUACUGCGUCAAGCACAUGAAUAA